AUGAAAAUUCUUAAUUACAUAUGUGGUCGUCCACUGAGAAGUGGUGGGACUGCCCCUUUAAUUUACAACCCUGUUAGAAAAUGGUUAAUCAUUUUAAUGAUACUAUAUUUUUGCUUAUGUAUUUUAUCCUAUGGUAUAUUUUUAUUCCCUAAAGCAUCUGAUUUACACUGUUCUUAUUUGAGUGACUCUUUAUUUAAUUUUUCUCUAUCAAUAGGAGCAUCAUAUUUAAUGGCUCCCUAUUAUUCUAUAAUUAGUUGUAGAGAGUGGGGAACGGAAAUUGAAUGGGCUAUAGUAGCAAUAGUCUCUGCUGUUAUGGCUAUUAUUGAUGUUAGUUCAAGUUGUUAUGGUAUUUAUGUAUUGUAUACUAUUGUUGACGUAGUAUUUACUGAUGUUUCUGGAAUGACCGACUGUAAUUGUUACAAAGCUAUACUUUUUUUUUCGGCAAAUUCAUUUUUAAUUUUUCUUCAUUUAGUUGUUGCCAUCGUUAGUAUUGCUGUAUACUUUUUACUUAUGACAAGAAUUGAAGAACAGUUAGAAGAUAAUAGAAAUAUUAUAUAA